AUGCCUGCUGAUGUUCCUAGAUCUGUCAUCACUAAACUAAUGUUCUUCACUGUCGCCAUGGUGGCCCUUCCUGUGCUGACGUUUUUUGUCGUACAGCAAUACACGGAUAACACGCUUGUGAGUGGUGGACUUGCGGCAGCAAUGGCCAAUGUGGUGCUUAUCGCAUAUGUAAUUAUGGCCUUCGCAGAAGACACGACCUCAUCAUCGAGCGAAGGCGAAGGCAAGGACGAGAGUAAGAAAGAGAAAUGA